GUCACUUCCCAUUUUACUUUCCUAAAGGCGAUCAGGAAAUAUUUCGCUUUUGAUUCUCUAGAAACAAAUCGUCUGUAAGGAAACUGAUUUUAACAUGGCGGAUUCAAAAGUCGAUUUGAGUAAGAUCCCUUUAAUUGCGCUUAAUGUUAAGGUUAGGAAAAAGUUAGGUCUUUACUUGAAUCCGAAAAACACAGUGGCCUCUGAUUGGAGAACCGUCGCAGAAGAAAUGGGGUUCUCAUACCUGGAGAUCACAAAUUAUGAGAACUGUAAAAACCCCACAGACGAGAUCUUAAAGAACUGGCAGGCUCAAAACACAGAAGCAUCGGUCGGAAAGUUGCUGUCUGUUCUCACGGAAGUAGAGAGGACAGAUGUCGUAGAGGAACUUCGUGACUUGAUAGAUGAAGAUGUGAAGAAGUACAUCGAGUUUAUGAAGAAGAAGGAUGACCCCCCUGUGCAGGUGCCUGAGGUGGACAGCUGUGUGCCCCGAACGCCUGAGAGAUUAGGGAUCACUUUGGCAGAUGACCCAGACGGUGCACCAGAAUUGUUUGAUGCAUUCAUCUGCUACUGCCAGAGCGACUUCAACUUUGUUCAUGACAUGAUUCAAGAACUGGAGCAUACAGCAUACAAGCUCAAACUGUGUGUGUUUGACAGAGAUGUUCUUCCAGGCUCCUGUGUCUGGACCAUCACAAGUGAACUUAUUGAAAAAAGAUGUAAAAGGAUGGUAGUGGUGGUUUCUGAUAAAUACCUUGAGAGUGAUGCCUGUGACUUUCAGACUAAAUUUGCACUUAGCCUUUGUCCUGGUGCUCGAAGCAAACGUUUAAUACCAGUGAUAUACAAACCAAUGUCAAAACCAUUCCCCAGUAUUUUGCGUUUUCUGACUGUGUGUGACUACACUCGUCCUUGCACACAGUCCUGGUUUUGGGUACGACUGGCUAAAGCACUUUCUCUUCCAUAAAGAGGAUUCAAGGAGGACAGGAUUUCUUGUGACAAGUGCCACUGAAGCACAUAAAAGUGCUGUUUUAGAUGCCAACAUGUAUCUCAUUCCAUACAUGGAUUGAAAAUAGGUUUGCUUACACAGGCAGAGAAUAAUAAUUUUGUAGUAGUAAUAUUUGUGCAUGUUGUAAUUGGGUAAGCCAUUUCAUUUUAUGUAAAGGCUUAUACUGAGGCAGUGCAAACUUUAUUUUUUUUGCAGUAGCCACUUCCUCUGUUGAGUCAACCUCUAUAUGAAGCUAAACCACAAACGAAAAGAUUUUAUCAUAUUAUUUUCAUGGUUUGUACGCCUCAUACACUGUGAUCUCAUGUGUCCCCUUAUGAUUUUUGCAUCUAUUAUUUAUAAAAGGAAUAAAUUACAUGUUUUAC